AUGAAGGCAGAGAGUGAGUGCAUACUGAGAAAGUAUCCGAUGUCCCUGAUUGAGAUAGAAUUGGCCAUAAAAAACAGGCCAAAGGAGCUGCACAGCUACCACCCAGAGCUUGAAAAGAGAAUCAAGGAGCUGGGAAACAUAAUGAAAUACGAGGAAAAAAGCGAGUACAUAACGAUAGAAAGAUACUUGGACGGAAUAUUCGAGAACAAGCUCGUAGAAUACGGGGAGUCCCAGGUGGAAAAUGCCCUCACUGCAUUCAUGAGCGACCUGAAGGAGACCUUCAUAAAGGAGGAAAAAGCCCUUCUCUCCUCCCCGAAGGCAAAGCACCGCGUGAGGAAGGACGACUUCUGCGAUAUUAUAAUAGAAGGGUGCAACUCCAUAAAAAGAUCAGACACUUUGGGAAGAAACGUCUUCACUUCCCAGAUGAUCUUUGACGUCUACAAGUACAUAACCUCCCACCAGACCCCUCUCCAGUUCCUAUCCGACACCUUCCGAGAGCACGCCCUGAGAGACUCUUCCCUGGGGGGAGUCCUGAAAUACGUCCAGAAAAAGCACGGGGGAAUGUUCAGGCUGGAAAUGUACGAAAGUGUCCCAGUUUUUGCUGUUCUGUACUACUUUGUUCGCGCAGGAAUGAGGAAGGAGGCAAAGGAUUUCGCAGACAAUAACAGGCCCUUCUUCCAGGAGAUUUCAGGGCACUUCUACGAGGACUUCUGUGCGUGGCUGGAGAAGGGCACGCCUGCAAAGCCCCAGGAAGCCCCCAUCUCCGCUGACCCCUUCAAAGCCCUUUUCCAGAACCUCUUCAGGCAGGCCCAGGAGUGCCCGCAGGAGGUCAUCACCACGAUAGAAGACUUUCUGUGGUAUAAGAUCCUCGUCUCAGGGAGUCCCAGGGAGUAUCCGCGCAUUUUCUCGCUCCUCCGGGGAAAGAUCACGGAGACAAAGCUCCUCCAGGCAGCUCUCGUCCUCGGAGAGUGGAAGGAGGCGAUGGAAAUCCUUCAGGACGAAACCUUCUCGGCAGGAGAAGUCCUUUUCCUCUCGUACGGAAUAGCCCAUAAGAUGCGAAGAAAUGCCCCGGAGAACUAUCCCCUCGCAAGAAGCACGCGCUCAGAGCAAACCCUCUGCUUGGAGCUAUUUAUUCACUCUAUACAGAGCAUCUCCACCCUCUUCAGGCAGGCCCGGGAGAGACUCGCAGUCGUGAAUAUGGCAUCCCCCUUCGUCUCCCAGGAGUGGCUGGAGGACUUGGCUGCAGAAGUCUUCAUAGCCACGGAGGAUUACGCUGUUCUGGGGAGCAUAGAUGCUUCAGGAAGGAAGAUCCACAGCACCCUCGGGGAAUACGCUAACGUAGAGGCGCAGAGAGUCAUCUCGAAAGUCUCCGAGUACUACAUCCUAACAGGAGAGCUGGAUAAAGCCCUGAAGAUCUCGUAUGUAGGAAGCAGCGAGAGAACCCUCGAGAUUCUCACGUCAGUUCUCGUCCAGAGGAUAGAGGAGAAAGAGUACGCCGAGAGUGAAGGAGUCGGCCGAAUUGUGAGACACUUCAACAGCCCAGUCACGAACUUCCUGUGGGACUCCCUCUGCAUCGCAGCCUCCGGGGAUAAUGCAGUCAGCCUCAUAAAGAGGACGGAGCUUAUCCCCAGGGGAACCCCCGAGGAAAUUGGAAGGAAAGUCCUGGAGAUACAGAGACUCUCCCAGGAGGUGCGAGGAGUCAUUCCGGGAGUGCUUCUUAUCAUGGCACAGCGCCUUGGGGAGAACCCGCACGCGAACAACCAGGAACUUGCAAAGUCCCUUCUGCUCCUGGCAGGGGCUCUGGAGGUGGGCCCGGAAACCCUCCAGGAAAUCGUCAGCAGAGUCUCCGGGCUGCUGUAG